AUGGUUUUUUUCAGAGUUAAAUUACCGCCAAUGGAUCUGAUGCGUUCCGAGAAGAUGACCUUCGUUCAACUCAUCAUUCCCGCCGAGUCCGCUCACCGAGCCAUCACCUAUUUAGGCCAACUCGGUCUUCUUCAAUUCCGUGACUUAAAUGCUGAAAAAAGUCCCUUCCAGAGAACAUUUGUUAACCAGGUAAAGCGAUGUGCAGAAAUGUCAAGAAAGCUACGAUUCCUGAUGGAUCAGAUCAAUAAAGCUGGGAUAAUGUCUCCCAGUCCUGUCUUGCAAACAGAUACAUACUUGGAGGAUAUAGAGGUGCAUCUUGCUGAGCAUGAACAUGAGAUAAUUGAAAUGAACUCUAACAGUGAGAAACUUCAGCAAUCAUAUAACGAACUCCUUGAGUUCAAGAGUGUACUGCAAAAGGCAUGUAGUUUUCUUGUUUCAAAUCAUGGCCAUGCCGUUUCAGAAGAGAGAGAACUGGAGGAAAAUGUUUACUCAAUUGGAGACUUUGUCGAGACGCCAUUUUUGUUUGAACAGGAAAUGAUGCCUGAUCCGUCAAAACCAAACCAAUCUGGUUUAAGAUUUAUCAGCGGGAUAAUUUGUAAAUCCAAAGUUCUCAGGUUUGAAAGAAUGUUGUUUCGUGCCACAAGAGGCAAUAUGCUUUUCAAUCAGGCACCAGCUGAUGAACAAAUUAUGGAUCCUAUUUCAACUGAGAUGGUUGAGAAGACAGUGUUUGUUGUGUUUUUCUCUGGGGAGCAAGCAAGAACAAAGAUUCUAAAAAUUUGCGAAGCAUUCGGUGCAAAUUGUUACCCUGUUCCUGAAGAUAUAAGUAAACAAAGGCAAAUAACUCAGGAGGUUUCAUCACGCCUUGCUGACUUAGAGGCCACUUUGGAUGCUGGAAUUAGGCAUCGGAAUAAGGCUCUAUCUUCUGUAGGAGGUCAUUUAGCGAAAUGGAUGGACAUGGUAAGAAGAGAGAAGGCUGUGUAUGAUACGUUGAACAUGUUAAAUUUUGAUGUCACCAAAAAAUGUCUUGUGGCAGAGGGCUGGUGUCCAAUCUUUGCAAGAACACAGAUUCAAGAGGCACUGCAACGUGCAACUUUUGACAGCAAUUCUCAAGUGGGUGUAAUCUUUCACUCAAUGGAUGCACUGGAAUCGCCACCUACAUAUUUUAGGACCAACAGUUUCACCAAUCCUUAUCAAGAAAUUGUAGAUGCAUAUGGUGUUGCAAGAUAUCAAGAAGCAAACCCUGCAGUUUACACAACUAUCAUAUUCCCAUUUCUUUUUGCGGUGAUGUUUGGGGACUGGGGCCAUGGAAUAUGCCUACUGCUUGGAGCAUUGGUUCUUAUAGCACAUGAAAGAAAACUCGGCAAUCAGCGACUGGGAAGCUUUAUGGAGAUGCUAUUUGGUGGGCGCUAUGUGCUUCUUCUGAUGUCACUAUUUUCAAUGUAUUGUGGGUUAAUCUACAACGAGUUCUUCUCAGUUCCUUUUCACAUAUUUGGUGCGUCUGCUUACAAAUGCCGAGAUAUUUCAUGCAGGGAUGCACAUACUACUGGCUUAGUAAAAUACAGAGAACCAUACCCAUUUGGUGUGGAUCCCAGCUGGCGUGGAAGUCGUUCAGAAUUGCCCUUUUUGAACUCUCUCAAGAUGAAGAUGUCCAUUCUAUUUGGUGUAGUGCAUAUGAACUUGGGAAUUAUGUUAAGUUAUUUCAAUGCUCGUUUCUUUGGCAGUUCGCUGGAUAUAAGGUAUCAGUUUGUGCCGCAGAUGAUUUUCCUCAACAGUCUAUUUGGGUAUCUUUCCCUUCUCAUUGUUGUCAAGUGGUGUUCUGGGUCUCAGGCAGACCUUUAUCAUAUAAUGAUUUACAUGUUUUUAAGCCCUCUUGACAAUCUUGGUGAGAAUGAGUUGUUCAGGGGUCAAAGGCCACUUCAAGUUUUGUUAUUGGUUCUGGCUCUAAUUGCAGUUCCAUGGAUGCUCUUUCCAAAGCCUUUUAUAUUAAAGAAACUUCAUAAUGAGAGAUUUCAAGGACGCAAUUACGGUGUUCUUAAUACCUCUGAGGUGGAUCUUGAGGUGGAACCAGAUUCUGCAAGGGAUUCUGCCAGGCAACAUCGUGAGGAAUUUAAUUUCAGUGAGGUUUUUGUUCACCAAAUGAUUCACUCCAUUGAGUUUGUUCUGGGUUCUGUUUCAAAUACGGCAUCAUAUCUCCGACUUUGGGCAUUAAGCUUGGCACACUCAGAACUUUCAACUGUUUUUUAUGAGAAAGUCCUACUGCUAGCUUGGGGGUAUGACAAUCUUAUCAUUCGAUUAGUGGGGCUAGUUGUUUUUGCCUUUGCAACUGCUUUUAUACUACUUAUGAUGGAGACUCUGAGUGCUUUUCUUCAUGCCCUGCGUCUUCAUUGGGUUGAAUUUCAAAAUAAAUUCUACCAUGGUGAUGGCUACAAGUUCAAACCCUUUUCUUUUGCCGCCUUAACAGAGGAUGAAAAUUGA